AUGCCUGCCAUCCCCAUUAUGCAGAACAUGGGACACACCAGCUCACAAGCCUCACAGGAGUCAUCGGGUCGGCGCAAGCGGAAAGCGCCGUCCAGGUCUGGGGAGCUGUGCGGAGAUGACUUGUCAGUGCUUGACGUCGACUGCCGCGAGGCAACACUGAGGAAAGCCAAGAAUCGGGAGGCUGCUAGGAAGUCGCGAGAGCGGAAGAUGAGGCGAGUGGACAAUCUGACGACCAGUGUGAAUGAAUUGACCAAGGAGAAUGAUCUGCUGUCAAAGUGCAUCCAGGAACUCAGUGAGCAACGCGCCAGUGUUGAGGCUGAGACACGGCUGACAAAGGAGCAAAUCCAGGCCAUACGAGCCAAGGCAGCAUCACAAGAGGACAGGCAAGUCAUCGACAGACUGCUCGACAAUGCGGUUACGAUGGCCCACGCGCAGCUGCCCUCGCAGCCGCAGUCACAAUAUCCUCAGCUUCCCUUACAGGUGCCCAUGCAAAGCCAUCUGGCGGGGGCAUUCUGUGGGAGCGGCAGCAAGGACAAUGUUGAGGCAGCCCACUGGCAAGGGAUCCCUUCAACGGUGCAGUCAUCCUUAAUCCACCCCUAUGCACAGCGUUUCAUGACCCCGGAGGAGAUCGUGAGGGGUGACCGCCCCAGCAGCGCCAGUGAUACCCUGCAGCCCAGUGCCAUGUACGACGGCCGACUGGGUCCCGUGCCCCAGCAGGGAGCGGAGGCCGGCUGCAUGAGCGGCUAUGCGGUCAACGAAUCCGGUGUGACGGCGCGUGGCGGCUCCCCGGCGUCGGCACGCGCGCAGCCGGACGUCGACACGACGCCGGGGGCGUUCCCGCCGCACCCCAAGCGCAGCCGCUCGGUGCGCGGCGGCAAAGCGAAGCGCGUCUCGCCGCCCAGCGCCGAGAGCUUCGGCGGGCCCCUCAUGCUGCCGCUGUCAGAGCUGCGCUAUCAGCAGGAGCUGGCGUGCCACGUGGAGGGGCCGCAGGGGCUGAGGAGGGAGGGCUCUCUGGACCUGCUGGAGGCUGCCGGCGGCAUCCCCUCUCCAGAGUCCCUGCUGGCCGGCAGCCUGUCCAGCCAGGGCGCCAGCUUUGCCAGCGGCAGCAGCCUCUCCAUGGGCUCCAUGCAUGACUUCUUCCUGGAUGGUGCCUCCCUGCUGCCCCCCGGGGUGUACGCCCACUCCAGCUCCAUGCUCUGA